AUGGAGCCUGUUUAUGAGAAAAGAGACGCGUAUAUUGAUGAAAUCGCAGAGUUUUGGAAGAUCGUGCUUUCGCAGCACGCCAGUUUUGCGAACUACAUAAGGGCCUCAGACUUUAAAUAUAUUGAUGCUAUAGAUAAGAUCGAAGUGAAAUGGCUAGCGUUGGCAUCCAAAACCCGCGACACCAGGGACUUCAGCAUAACAUUCCAUUUCCACGGCAUUGACGGCGACUUCAAAGAGCAGAAAAUCACCAAGGUGUUCCAGAUCCGGAAGAGCGAAGACGAUGAAGAGGACGGGAUGCUGACCAGUGAGCCCGUGACUGUGGAGUGGCCCAAGAGUUACGACUCGAUAAACCCAGAUUUGAUCAAAGACAAGCGCAGCCCGGAGGGCAAAAAGAAGUACAGGCAGGGAAUGAAGACUAUAUUUGGCUGGUUCAGAUGGACUGGGCUAAAGCCCGGGAAGGAGUUCCCACACGGGGACUCGCUAGCAUCGUUGUUCAGCGAAGAGAUCUACCCAUUCUGCGUGAAGUACUACACGGAAGCGCAGCGGGACCUGGAGGACGAGGAGGGAGAGUCCGGGCUAAGCGCUGCUGAUGACGACGACGAUGAGGGCAGUCUUGGCGAGGUCGACCUGCCCAUGUCCGACGCCGAUUCCGAUGCCAAUGCUGACGCGGAACCCAGUUCCAAGAAGAGGAAGGUUUAG